AUGAGUCAAGAAUAAAUAAACAGGCGUGCGCCAGGGUGUGUUGAUGAACGAGUAACGAUGGUGCGUAAGUUAAAAUUUCACGAACAGAAGCUUUUAAAAAAAGUUGAUUUCAUAUCGUGGGAAGCUGACAACAAUCUUCAUGAAGUUAAGAUUCUUAAACGAUAUUGUAUUCAGAAACGUGAGGAUUAUACCAAGUACAACAAGCUCUCCAGGCAAAUAAGAGAACUGGCCCGGAAGAUAAAAGAAUUGGAUCCAAAAGACCCGUUCCGGGUGGAAUGCAGUGCACAGCUACUUGAAAAGCUGUACAUAAUGGGUCUCAUACCUACAAAGUGGGACUUGUCGUUAUGUGACAAAGUCAACGCUUCAAGUUUCUGUCGCAGACGUUUGCCGGUCAUGAUGGUGAAAAGCAAGAUGUCGGAAACUAUCAAGAUGGCAACCAAAUUCAUCGAACAAGGUCACGUUAGAGUUGGCGUGGAAAUAAUGAAGGAUCCUGCUUUUCUUGUGACGAGAAACCUUGAAGAUUUUGUGACAUGGGUGGAUACUUCGGCAAUAAGGAGACACGUGCUGGAGUACAACGAAAUGGUAUUGCAUCAUCCAAAUAAUUUAAUUGUUGAACAAAAACAUUUAAUUUUAAAUAUUCUUUGCACGUGCAGUUAAUUUAGUUAAAAAUCAAUAUAUUAAUUUUUUAAGUACAAAUACUACACUUAAGUAAAUCUUUAUUUUAAAACUUGUCAGGUACGAGUAAAAUAAAUUACAGAAAAAAUGGCUGAAAACUAAAAAAUUACAAAAAAAAAACUGCUUGGGGUCAUUUAUAAAAGUGGUGUAAAAUGCUUGAGUGUGUCAAAUAGGGUGUCACUCAACCACCAUAUCCAUGCAACAAGGACGUGUGAAUUUCAAGGUCUCUCUUUUGCUUUCUCCCAUUCCUCUGCCCAACCCUUGUUGCGAUAAAGGUAAGGCAGCACUGAACUGAGGUCUAUGUGUAUAGCAGCGACCGUAAUUUCUUGCACAGUGUUACCUUUGCCUUGUAGGUGUAUAGCAGUGUAGUGUAAAUACACAUGCACAGGUUUGUAAACGUGUUGACAGUAAGAUGGCAGUGAAUAUUCCCUACUCACUCUCAGAUACUUUUUUCAACAACAGCUGCACUAACACACAUGCCUUAUUCCUUCGUGGUUGCUCACGUCAUGUUUUAGUAAUACUGUAGUUUAAGCAUAUUUAUCACUAAGGAGGUAAACAAUGUUGCUGUUUCCUUUUUUUUUUUACAGCGUGAUGACUUCGAGUUCUGAAGCUGAGUGGUAAUGAAAUUUGGAUAUUCUUCAAUGUGUUUUAUACUGAGCAUGAAGCCAUUGUUAAUGUUGUUUACAAAAUGUGAUAUUAUGUUUUAAACUUUACACAUUACAUGUAUCAUAACAAGAA